CAUUUCUCCGCGGAAGGUUAGGUUACUUUAACGUUAGCGCUGUGGGUAACGUCAUAGUAAACUGGUGCAAAAAGUAGGUACCCGGCCGAAUCCCCCUUUGCUGCAUAUACCCUAGUUUAUUAAAACAUAGUCUAUAUAAAUCGCCCAGUCCCCCUUCACUACCUUUUAGAUGUCUAGAUGAUACUCACACUACUUUAUAAUACAUUAUUACCAUGGCACCAAUUGCUACAUCUGACGUAUCUUCUCACUUCCAAACUACUCAAGGCAGCGGGGAUCUUAUUCCCUUGGGAGAAUACAUCUUCCGCCGAAUCAGCCAGGUCGGCACCAAGUCUAUUUUCGGUGUCCCUGGGGACUUCAAUCUUAACUUUUUGGAACACAUUUACUCUGUCAAGGGUUUGAACUGGAUUGGUUGCUGUAAUGAGCUUAACGCGGGUUACGCUGCUGACGGUUAUGCCAAGCUGUCGUUGGGCAAAUUGAUGGGCGUGGUCGUCACCACGUUUGGUGUCGGCGAGUUGUCCGCUAUCAACGCCAUUUCUGGAUCGUUCGCCGAGUAUGCCCCGGUUUUGCACAUCGUUGGUACUAGUUCUAUGGGCCAGAAACAGGGUCCGAAGAACUUUCACCAUUUGGUGACAAACAAGAAGCUCUUUGCUGCGCCAAACCACUACGUGUAUGAGAACAUGGUUGACGAUAUUUGCAUCGCAAAGGAGAGCAUCAAAGAGUUGGACCAGGCCUGUGAACAGGUGGAUAGAGUUUUAGAGGCCGUGUACGCAAAGUCGAGACCGGGUUACUUAUACUUACCCUCUAACUAUGCCGAUAUGAUGGUUUCACUGGAACGCUUGACUAAGACUCCCCUUCGGUUAGCGCUUUCUCCGGCGGCUAACCCCCAACAAGUUUCUGAUUUGGCAGAACAGAUUUUGGGACGCAUGUACGAUGCCGAAAGGCCUGCGGUUCUUGCUGAUAUUUUGGUAUCGAAAUUCAGAAGCAACGAGACUUUUAACAAGUUAGUGGAAAAGCUCUCCACGAAUGUUAGGCUAUUCUCCACAACUAUGUCGAAAGGUGUUGUUGAUGAAUCCUUGCCAAAUUGGUUUGGUACCUACUGUGGUGUGCAGUCGUGUGAAGGUGUCGCAAGAUUUAUGGAAGAAUGUGACUUUGUGCUCCACGCUGGUAUCUUUGAUGUCGAAACCAAUAACGGGAGUUACACCUUCAAUUUAAAUAAGGUCCAAGUGGUUGAGCUACACCCAGAGUACAUUGCUAUCGGGGACCAGAUUUACGAAGGUGAAAACAUGAUGCAGCAUGUCUUGGAAGCAAUGUGCAAGAAGCUAGAUGUGUCUCAGAUGCAAGCUAACACUUUGCCAGAGCCUCUUCUUAGAAAGGCUUCCUCGACCACUUCCAAGUCCUUGAAUCAAGCCUACUUGGUGGAUGCCUUGGAGGCUUAUUUGCAGCCAAAUGACAUUUUAGUCGUGGAAACUUGUUCCUUCCUCUUUGCGAUUGCAGACUUCAAAUUCAAGCACAACAUGACCUUUGUUUCCCAGAUGUUUUACGGAUCUAUCGGUUAUGCCUUACCCGCCACUUUAGGCUGUUCUCUUGCACUUCGUGACAUGAACCAAGAGACUUCUCGCAGGGUGGUUUUAAUCCAAGGUGAUGGCUCCGCUCAAAUGACUAUCCAAGAAUUGGCUACAUAUGUCCGUCAAGAUAUCAAGCCCACCAUGUUCUUGUUGAACAACGAUGGCUAUUCUGUCGAGCGAAUCAUUUACGGGCCAAACUCUUCCUAUAACGAUAUUGCACCAAACUGGAAGUGGUGCGAGUUCUUCAAGGUGUUUGGUGAUAUUAACGGUGAUGUUGCUUUCACCACCAAAGUUUCCCAAAAAGACGACUUGGACCAGUUGUUGAACGAAAAAAAGUUCAGGAGCGGUCUGCAGUUGCAGUUGGUUGAGUUAAUGUUGGACAGAAUGGACGUUCCGUGGAGAUUUGAGUUAAUCUGUGGUAAGCAGACUUCAAAGUAACAUGUCAAUAUUUUAGUUAUAUACUAGCUUUUAAUCAAUAUGGUAG